AUGUCGCUCUCACUCUCAGUUGGGGCACCGGGGUCGAAGCCUUCUGGUUCAAGUGGCGGUCCGUCCCAGCUGGUAGCUUCGCUGCGCGAACGCGGGGUGACUCUGCCGAACUUUGGGGCGCUCAAGAGCAAGGAGGUUCGAGGGGGCCAUCGGCAGUCUGUGCGUGGGCUGGGGUGGUCGGUCGAUGGGCGGAAGCUGGUAACGUGUGGAGCGGAUCGUAUCGUGCGUAUCUGGGUGCCGGAACGGUCGGUGGACGCACGCGCGUCGACGGAGCUCAAAGGGCACAGCGAUAGUGUAGACCAGCUGGUGUGGCAUCCGUCGCAUGCGGAUGUCGUGGCCACGGCGUCGGCGGAUAAGACGGUGCGCAUCUGGGAUACCCGUGCGCGCGCACAGACGAACACAGACGGCGUAACAACCGUGCAGACGCCAGGGGCCAACAUCAACAUCGCCUACCAUCCAAGCGGCGAUUAUCUGGCCGUCGGGGACAAGACGGAUACAGUGUCGGUGGUGGAUACACGACAGAAUCGGAUCGUCCACACGGUGUGUACAAGACGUGCUACCGCUCCAACGGAUGCGUGUUCAGCUACAACGGUGGUGGGAACAACCGACGAAAUCAACGAACUCUGCUUCUCGCCAGACGGUUCCUUGUUGCUGUUGUCUUCAGGGUCCGGGUCGGUGCAUCUGCAUACGACGGUCGACUAUGCACGUGUGCACUCGCACGCCACACACACCGCCAACGUCUUCUGCCUCCAAUGGGACCCCCUCUCGCGAUACAUCGCCACAGCUUCCUCCGACUCAAUGGUCGCCCUCUGGGACACCAAGGAGUGGUUCGCUCACAAGAUGAUCACCGACCUAACCUUCCCCGCCCGCGCAAUCGGAUUCAGCCACGACGGCGAACUCCUCGCCGCCGCGGGCGAGGAUAGAUUCAUAGCUAUCAAUGCUACCCAACCCAACACCGAGCCGGAUUCGCUCCACAAAAUCCCCCUGCCAGCAUCAACGACGAUCAACACCUUGGCUUGGCAUCCUGCAAAGUACAUCCUCGCCUACGCCGGAGACGAACCCCAAAAAGAUACCGGCACCGUCCGCAUCUUCAACCUCUAG